CCCAGUGCUUUGACUAGAAAAAGAAAUCAAACUGUGUUUGAAUCAUGCUGACCAGCCAGGAUCAGGGGGUCCUUCAAUUGGGUUUGUGUCUCUGGUUGUGUAUAUUCAUACCUUUCUUUAAAGGCUCUGCAGGCUGUGCAUCUGAGGAGAGGCUCUUUCACACACUGUUUUCUCAUUAUAACCAGCUUAUCAGGCCCGUGGAAAACGUUUUGGAUCCUGUCACGGUGCACUUUGAAGUGGCCAUCACACAGCUGGCCAACGUGGAUGAAGUAAACCAGAUCAUGGAAACCAAUUUGUGGCUACGUCACAUCUGGAAUGAUUAUAAAUUGCGCUGGGACCCAGUGGACUACGGCGGCAUCGAGACCCUUCGUGUUCCUGCGGACAGGAUCUGGAAGCCUGACAUUGUCCUCUAUAACAACGCCGUCGGCGACUUCCAAGCUAAAGGCAAGACGAAAGCUCUUCUUCAACACGACGGCACGAUCACCUGGAGGCCCCCGGCUGUUUUCAAGAGCUCCUGCCCUAUGGAUAUCACUUUCUUCCCUUUUGAUCAUCAAAAUUGCUCCCUGAAAUUUGGUUCCUGGACAUAUGACAAAGCUGAAAUUGACCUGCUCAUCAUUGGCUCUAAAGUGGAUAUGAAUGACUUUUGGGAAAACAGCGAGUGGGAAAUUGUUGACGCUUCGGGCUACAAGCAUGACAUAAAAUACAACUGCUGUGAAGAGAUAUACACAGACAUAACCUACUCCUUUUACAUCAGAAGACUGCCGAUGUUUUACACCAUUAAUCUGAUAAUCCCCUGUCUCUUUAUUUCAUUUCUGACCGUGCUGGUCUUUUACCUUCCUUCCGACUGCGGUGAAAAGGUGACCCUCUGCGUGUCGGUUCUGCUCUCCCUGACCGUGUUCCUGCUGGUGAUCACGGAGACCGUCCCGUCCACAUCCCUCGCGAUCCCGUUGGUGGGCGAGUACCUCCUGUUCACCACGAUCCUUGCCACCCUGUCCAUCGUGGGGACUGUGUUUGUGUUGAACGUACACUAUCGCACCCCGGCCACACACACCAUGCCACAGUGGGUGAAGGUGGGCUUCCUCCAGUGGUUCCCCCAGGUCCUGAGGAGGAGCAGGCCCCUGGACGAGGUGAGGGAGACAAGUUCAGGUGAAAACCCGAAGGGCACUCCCAGCCGGCCCGCCAGAGUCAAGUUGGGUCCCCGCAGAGAGACCAAACGCUGCCGCAGUCAUCAGUCAGGCGAGCUUGCGGCCAGCAGGAGACAAUUAAGUCGUCGGCCUUUACAGCUGAGGGCUGGAAAUUCAGAGCACUCGCCCGACGUUGAAGAUGUGAUCAGCAGCGUUCAGUUCAUAGCAGAAAGCAUGACCAGCCAGAAUGCCAGGAAGGAGGUAGAAGACGACUGGAAGUACAUGGCCAUGGUGGUGGACAGAGUAUUUCUUUGGGUAUUCAUAGUCCUCUGUGUGCUUGGGACUGCAGGGCUUUUCGUACAGCCACUACUGGGGAACACAGGAAAAUCUUAAGGGUGUAUUUUCCUUGUAGCUUCAGCAGCUUAUGGAUGACAGAUUUGUUCUGUGUUCCCUACAACAAGGAGAGGGGCAUAAAGCUUUCCACCCAAGUCCCCAUCUACUAAAGCUAAUGAUUAGGUGGAAAAGAGGACUUUAUUGUCAGUUAGGAGCCCAAGUGCUCUCCUUGGUAGCACAGAGGAGUGUUUUAAGAUGUUUUAUAACACUGGAGCCUGGAGCUGGCAGCACCAUAGGCUACACGCUUGGCUUCCAGGGAUGUGACUGACCCAUAAUACAGGAAACCACAUGACUAACGCCAAGCUGUGCUAAAAGGUUCUGUCAUCCCUUCAGUAUAUGCUGCUUAUCAUUGUGUCAGAUGCCAGACAUGAAACUCUGAAACUUGGACCUUGCUGAUGUUUGUAAUGCUUGUGAAUUUGUGUGCUUGCUUUCUUGCACAUGUCUGUGAUGGAGCUCACACACUUCAGAAUUAUUUGACACAUUGAUCGGCAAGAAGUAAUAGCAGGUAGAGUAUCUCAGCAGGUUGUGUGUGACGAGGACCCAUCUGGCAAGAUACCUGAGUGGUAACCAGCACUGCAAGGGUAACAGAAACAGGUUCUGUCCCACCGUGGGAAGUAGAAUCGAGGCUUCUCAAGAGCUAAAAAUAGAAGUGCCAUACCACCCAGCAAUUCCACUUCUGGGAACUUACCUGAAGAAAACAAACUCACUGAUUUGUUAAGAUGUAUGCACUCCUAUGUUUAUAACAGCAUUAUUCACAAUAGCCAAGAUACAGAAGCAACCAAAAUGUCCAUCAAUAAAUGAACAGGUGGAGAAGAUGUGGCACUCUACACAAUGGAAUACUACGCAGCCACAAAAAAGGAGCUAACUUUUGCUAUUUGCAACAACAUGGAUAGAUCUAGAAGGCAUUAUGCUGAGUGAAAUAAACCAGGAGAAACACAAAUACCAUGAUUUCACUUACAUGUGGAUUCUAAAAAAACAAAACAAAUGAAUAAACAAAUGAACAAAACAGAAAUAGAUUCAUAGAUGCAGAGAAGAGACUGGUGGUGGCCAUGUGGGUUCAAGAGGGAGUUGGGGAAAUAGGGGAAGGGAAUAAAGACGUAUGAAAUCCCAAUUAUAAAAUAAAUCAAUCACAGCAAUGGAAGUACUGCAUAGGGAAUAUUGUCAAUAAUAUUGUAAUUUCUUUAUAUGGUAAUAGAUGGUAACUACACUUACUGUGGUGAGCAUUUUGUAAUGUGGAUGUAAUUGUUGAAUUGCUCUGUUGUACCUUGAAACCAAUAUAAUAUUGUAUAUUAACUAUACUUCAAUAAAAAAAGAAAAAGAAAUAGAUGCUGUCCCCAAGCACUUACAGAUUUUUAGGAGAAGUCAUACACACAGUGAUCUCCGGGACCAGGUCUCACGGGGGCCAUAACUAGAGCCAUCAGAGCAGGGGGAUGGAGGCGGUGUGGCCAGGCGAGCCUGGAGCAGCCUCUUUGGGGUCCAAAAGGUGUCUUUUCUCCUCAACAGUUUCCUUUUGUUCAGUGUAGCUGAGACUAAAAAUAAAAGUAUUCCUUCUAUAAGCAGUUGUGACUUUGUGCCUUUUGGAGCAAUUCUUUCUCUGAGAGAGAACCUUGGAAAUUAUGUUUUAUUCCACUCUUAAGUAUUAUCUUCUUAUUUGUUGUAUAAACACUAUUUAUUAUAAUUUGAAAGAUUUAUUUAAAGCAGAAAGAAAUAAAUCUAUCCUAACAAGGGGACUGAUUUCACUUUUGCCUUUUCCCUUCCAGUCCUUUUCUCUCUAUAUAUAAUUUUACCUCUCUAUUUUUUAUUUUGCUGUUUUCUCAGAACACCAUGUCAACAGCAUUUCUGCAUGAUGUCACCUAGUCAUGAAGUAUAAUUUUUAUGACUGCAUAGUGUCUAUUGUGUUGCUACACUGUAACUUGCAUUGCCACCUGUUAGUUCUUCUUGUUUAUUUCAUACUGGGGCAUAUGGCAUACUGGGGCACACCAGACAGAGGACUCAAAUUUGAAUUCCCUCUUAUAUUUGUGACUGUAGUACCUAUAUUUUAUCUUUCUGUCCAUAAAGAGGGUUGGCUGCUAUUUGAUACUUUUUUUUACUAUUAAGUCAAAUCAAUAUUUAAUAUCAUUUUUUAAAAUGUCAAUUAUGUUAAAAUACAUAUAAUAAAGUUCAGCAUCUUAACCAUUUUGAAGUGUAUAGCUCAGUAAUGUUAAGCCAUCUGCACUGGUAUAACCAUCACCACCACCACCCAUAAACUUUUUUCAUCUUGCAAAACGGAAACUCUGCACCCAUUAACCAACAGCUCCCCAUCCCCCCUCCCUCAGCCCCUGGUACCCACCCUUCUACUUUGUCUCUAUAAAUUUGACUACUUUAGGUAUCUUAUAUAAGUGGAAUCAAACAGUAUUUGUCUAUGUGUAACUAACUUGUUUCACCGAGUAUAAUGUCUUUAUAAUGUUGUAGUUUAUGUAAGAAUUUCUUUGCAUUUUAAGGCUGAAGAAUAUUCCAGCAUAUGUAUAGACCUUGUUUUAUUCAUCCAUCAACAGACACUUGGGUUGUUUCUGCUUUUUGGAUAGUGUAAAUAAUGCUGCUAUGAAUAUGAGAGUACAAGUGUCUCUUUGAGUCCCAGCUUUCAAUUCAUUUGGGUAUAUGCCCAGAAGAGGACUUGUGGGGUCACAUGGUAGUUCCGCUCUUAACUUCUUGAAGAGCUGCCAUGUAGUUUUUCUCAGAAGCUGUCCCAGUUUACAUUCCUUCCAGCAGUGCACAGGGGCUCCACUCUCUCCACAUCCCUGCCAACACUUGUCAUUUUCUGGGUUUUUUUGGA